CUGUGCUAGCGCGCCUUCUCCGCUGUGAUGCCUCAUGUUGUGUUGGCCCCACUUCUCCUCUAAGCUCAGCCGCCCACAGUUAUUAAGCGGUCAAAACAAUGGCUUCCCCGCUGCUGAAUUCGUAUCGAUCUUUGCUCCAUCAUCAUGGAGUCUGAUGCUGCUCUGGCCGCGGCGUCCAAGCCAUCACUGAUCGUUAAGCUUCGCCACCAGCCUCUAUGUGCACAAUGCACUGACAUGCUCCCGCGAUGGUGCAAACCACUUGAACAGCAUUACCGGCGUGGGAAUCCUCCAGCCCGCUGGAACUGGACUAUUGAUGAACUUACUCAAAGCUCUCUGAGAUGUCAUUGCUGCCGGUUCCUAGCCCAGGUUCUAGAAGCAAGCCCAUGGAUCCAACGCGAGGAUUGUAAAAUGGUUGUUGUCGAAACCUGCACCGUUGGAUCUCAGCACAUGGCAAAGACUCCCGACCACUCGGUAUACAAGACUUAUUACAGACCAAUGCUUCGUUUGAAUCGCAGGCCACAAAGUGACUACUGCUUCAUACUUCCAGUUUCGGAAGUUCACGAUGCUACUUCAGAAGAACUCGAUUCAUCCAUGUUCUGUAGCAGGCCUGUCAACGCCAUGGUCGACAUGUCGCUAGUCGCAAGCUGGCACAAGAUCUGUAUGUCGAGACAUGAAGACUCAGCAGACGGCCACGGUUGCUGUCCAAAAACACACGAAUUUCUUCCAGACUUCCGAGUUAUUGACGUCCAACAACGUUGCGUUGUAAGGACAAGUGGCAAGGUCGACUACGCGGCACUCAGUUAUGUCUGGGGAAACGCGAAGCGUCUUGUGCUAUCCAAAGACAACGAAGCUUGGCUUACUACACCCGGCGCAUUGGCACAAACCAAAGAGAACGUUCCUAAAACCUUUAGGGAUGCACUAGAAGUUGCUGCAGCUCUAGGGAUUGGGAACCUGUGGGUGGACGCAUUAUGCAUCGACCAAAGCGACUCUGGACAAGUCGAAAACCACAUGGACGCAAUGGACAAAAUCUAUGGAUCUGCUGUUCUCACCAUAGUGGCUACUGGUGAACAUGCUGACUUGGGUCUUCCGGGCAUCAGCCUUCCUCGUGGGCCUCCUCAGGCGGUCUUCGAAUAUAAUGGAACUCGCUAUUUGAGUUCUAAACCGACCUUUGGUUUUGCCUUAAGAGAUUGCCCGUGGGAGAAGCGCGCUUGGUGUCUACAAGAGAAGCUGUUCUCUGCCCGACUUCUGAUUUUCACCGACUCACAGGCUUUCUAUCACUGUGGUGCUGCAACAUGGUUCGAGGAUACGAUUAUGGAAACACCGGAAAGUAACCCUGGCACUGUACAUAAUAGAGAGAGAACAACUCUCGAGAAGAAACGCCGAAUGGUCGAUUUCCUAGGGCGCACAGCGUACGACGCGUACAACACUCGCAACACUGCCUUCAAAGACAGGAACCUCUGGUCGCUGGUUCAAAGUUACAGUCGGCGGGAGAUGACCUUCGAGGCCGAUGUAAUACGCGCUUUUGGGGGAAUCCUGCGAUCUGUAGAAGCACAGCAUGGUCGUGCUAUAUGGGGUAUUCCUCAAUACCACUUUUUGAGAGGUCUAUCAUGGUAUCACAGCGUGCAUCGGAUGAAUUCACGCCGAGAGGGAUUUCCUAGCUGGAGCUGGGUGGGAUGGCACACCAGCGAUAAUCAUCUGUUGUUUGCGAACUGUAAAAGGAAGGAUAGCGAUAUCGGAGUCAUGGAUGGUCGAUACCGUAUUGCUCAAGACAACCACGAUGGACGUUCUGUAUGGGACCUCGCCUGGUACUAUUACACGACUGAAGAAGAUGAUGUCCAGUUGCACUUAAGGACUGUGCAGCUCGAACCUCAGGAUCGUAGCGCGGACCCACAGAGUGUUCAUCCUAUAUUUGCGGCGGCAUCACCCGCAAAGACUGAAAUCUCAGUUGAAGCCAACAUAGAUUACGACCAUUUGAAUGAAUGGAGUUUACCUGGUCAUCCGAGGAGCGUGGAAUAUACUCACAAACCAGUGCCACCUCUUGCGUCCAAGCUGGACAUGCCUCCAAUUUCACACAUCCUACGAUUCUACACUAGCGUUGCCACAGUUCUAGUUCAUCCCAGCCCGAUCCCUAAUCCUUGGAACGAGAGGAUAUCUCGUCUCCUUAUACCCGGCACCGACAUUGAGCUUGCCACAGUCAAUAUAGACUCACUCUGGUCUGGCAUCGGUAACGAACAUAGUCUUGUCUAUAUAUCGAGGUACUGCCCCACGUAUUACGCAUAUCUAAACCAGGAUGACAAAACUUUUGAGAGACUUCACCUGCUCUUGGUUGAGAGCGUGCCGGAAUGGGGUGAAGUGAAGAGGAGGGUGCAGCUGGUACAAAACGUCAGUAUCUUGGACUGGAGGAAGGCCAAUCCAAGAUGGGAGUUGGUCAGUUUAGCAUGAUAUAAUCGGGUUCCAAAAGCGACUGAUGGCAUAUCAUUGUCUUCUUACUUCCAUAUCGAUUGUCACCACCCCUUAUGCGCA